AUGCGUCGUUUUCGUACUGUGUUCAGGUCAUCUCGAUCUGAUAACCCAGACAAUCGCUCGCGUGCGCAGCGCCGAACCUCUGAUAACGAUCCGCUGAAGCCCAAGCCUGAGACCCUUUCACAGGAAACUCGCCCCGAUGAAUCCCCAGUCAAAGACUUGAAUGUUCUGACUAGUGGAUCGAAGCCCCCUCCAGCCACUUCCGUUACUUCUGUCGGUGAACGGACUGAUGACUCUCCGCCGGCUCCUCUGGAGCCUGAGCAUACUCCCCUGCGGCCCAAGUAUGGCACAAAGCGAUUGAAGAGGAUUGUUGCAAGAUUUCGUUCGAGCCAUUCGCAUGACGAGGAUCCUGCCGAGGGCCCAUUCCAGUCUGUUGGAGUCCAAACUGACAACACCGAGCCCAUUGUACCUGACAGCACUGAACCCAGUGUUUCGGGCAACGCAGACCCAGCUUCCAAUCCUCUGGAGCAAGCACAAGUCUCUCUAGCUCAGGAAAGCCCUCCAAAGUUAGUUCGUUUUGAUGAUAACCCUCAAGUUGUCGGAGAGGGCGAGCGGAAGGUCAGCACCCAGAGCACUGAGUCGCAGGAAUCGAGCCAAACCGAAGACACCAUUUGUCGACACACUACCGGCCCUGACCUUAUUCCAACUCCGACCACGGUUUCUUCAGAUGAGUGGUCAUGGUCAGGACUCAUGUACCACCCCGAGGAUGGUACUCAUAUUCGGGAGGGAUCCAACCCGUUCUCGGAUGGAAAGAGUACUGAGCCUCAGCUGGGACAGCCAUCGUCUUCCAAGCGCCAUGAUCGGAGUCGGGAGCAUUCGAAAGCCUCUGAAAGCUCCCUUGAUCCUAUUCUUGAGGAACAUGACAAGAUUGCGCCUGCUCCAAUUCCUCAGAGACCUGGCUUUGGCCCCAUGAUCAACAAUUUGACCUGGAUGAGAGAGCCUUGUCAGUUUGAGCCGUCGAAAGCCGCUGUCAUCUUGAACAAGUUGAUCGUUCGCUUUGAUAUCCCUAUGCCCAAGGUGCUUCCGGAACCUGAGGGUGGUUUGCCUGAAAUUCCUCUUAAUGAGGGAUCAGGCAACGGUCGACGUGGUUUCCGAUUGAUGAAUCGGGUUCGCAAGGUCCGCUCCGGUCUGGUAGCUGAUGCAGGCCCCCAGGAGCGCAAACUGCGACGAGUGAAGACCUUUGCCGUGCUCCGUCGCCCCGUUCCCAUGACUUCCUUGUAUGGUCGAUCGGUGGAAACUUUGGCCCGUCUCGGUGGUCAUUCAUUUCUCAUGUUGGCUGAUUUGGCUCCGUUUCCUUUGCAGCUGCCUGCCUGCAUUGUAGCCCCAGUGAUGUUUCUGCAUAAAUAUGGUGCAAAUAUGCCGGGCAUUUUCACCAACGCAGGUGAUGUGAAGGCUGCCACUCGCCUAUAUGACAAUUUUGCUUCCCAGGUGCUGUCUGCUGAGAAGGAGGAGGCCAAGAUCUCCAUGACCAUGCGCAUAGUGUCGAUGCCUCAUCUGAAUCAUGAUUCUGCGCCGGUGUUGAGUGUGGCCUGGACCCUGAAAGCUUUGUUGGCGGGUCUGCACUACGGGAUCCUCGGGAGCGUCCGACUGUACCAGACUUUGAGCCACAUCAACCUUGCAACCAUCCCACAACCCGUUGAUAAUCUUCAUGUGCCGGACUGUCUGUCCAUGCUGGGUCCCCGUACUGCGAUCCGGGUACAGCUGAUUGCUCUUGCGGUGAUUGCGUUGACUGAUGAGAUGGAGCGUGAGCUAAUCUGCGCCGUGUUUGGGUUACUCACCAAGCUGACUCGUGUGCCGGAGCCUAAACCCGGGACUGAGGUCCGGACAGUGGCGACGGAUCUUGGUCUAGAGCGGGUGUUUGGACCGCUGCUCCUCGGAGCCAAGGGGCAAGAGAACCAAGACGGCGUGCCAGUGCAUAUCGUGGAACAGGAGAUCGAGGAACAGCGGGUGGCCAAACUGUUGAUGGAUCAUUGGUAUUAUGUGAAUCGCCUGUUGCGAGAGUGGGCCAAGGGAGAGCGUCACCAACAUUAA